AUGGCAAUUUUCACCGUUUUGUGUUCGGUAGUUCUGCUCGGUGCUGCUCUACCUGCCUGGAGUGAGUGUGUGGACUGGCUUAACAAAUUCAGAGACUAUGGAGAUGAGGAGCUCAGAAAGGGCUCUCCUCCAGAAGUUCAUGUGUUUGCAAAAAGGUGUACCAGUGACAAAAGCAAGCUGAAACUCACCUGUCUGGCCACUGGCUUCUACCCCAAAGAUGUGAUGUUGACCAUAAGGAAAUAUCGCACAUCCCUGCCUGAAGAUGAGAUUGAAUCCUCAGGAGUCAGACCAAACCAUGAUGAAACCUUCCAGCUGAGGAAGAGUGUGGUUAUCAAGGAGGAUGAAAAAGCAGAAUUUGAUUGUUUUGUGUUUCACAGUACCCUAAAAGGACCAAUUAUCAUUAAAUGGGAUGGAAAAUGCCAGGACUGCCCACCAGAGACUAUUGCAGGUAUGAUUGGAGCAAUUAUUGGAGCAGUGAUUGUGCUGGCAGUCGUUGUAGUAGUGGUUUUCGUCUUAAAGAAGAAAAAGAUUAUUGCUUUCAACAGCAGGAAUGGCCAGACACGUAGCAGUGAUGAAGAGAAUGUUUCUCUGCAAGAACCAGCGAAUGCUAGUAAUAGAUCAGACAGCAAUGCGUGCUCAUCUCAGGUGGAUGGAACCCCUUCUGAAGACGGACUCAAUACAGUAAAAGCAGAAAGGGAGCACAGUGCUGACUCUGACUCUGGACAAGAGAGUGCUGGUUCAACUCCAGACAGCAGUCCUACUAACUCUCAGGAGGCAGUGAACCACGUGUGUGAGGACUCCAGUGGUCAAAGCCGGCCUGCAGAAGCACAAUCACUGCUACAACAGGACAAGCCAUGAUUCAGAGCAUCACUGAACAUUUGUAAUGGCAGAUCUGUGGUAUUUGUCAUUGUCAAUGCUGACAGUCCUGACAAUAAUUAAGUUUUUGGAGGUUGCUUGUAACCUCCAACUAAUUCUUUCUGUCUUUCUCAUUUUUCAUAUAAUCUGGAAUUUCUUAAAACACUUUGCUUGAGAAAAUGAUGUUUUCCAGAUUAAGUACCCAAAGAAAAAUAUUUGUAUAUGAACAGAGCUGAUUUUUCAGACUUAUUAUUGCUACUUAUAAAGGGCCAGAGUGGACACAUUUUCAUCAUAUUUGAUAUGUUUAAUACCAUCAUUACAAAUAUUUGAUAGUUGUAGUAUCAAUGAAAAUAAUUGGUAUGGAGCAUACUUGAGAAAUUAUCUAAUUUCCUAAUAAUUAUCUGGAAUACUAAUAUAUAAAUGAGAUCAAUUUUUUUUUUAUACUCUUAAAUGUCUUACUCUGUAAAAAUUGUUAAUAUUGUGAUCGUUUUACAUUAGUUGAUUAAUUUUGCUUUAAUACUCUACAUUUAUACAGGCAAUGAUCAUUACAAUCAUUCUUCAUGAUACCAAAUGGAUCAGUGGUAUCAAUGAAUGUCUGUCGGCUAUGUGGGAUCCAUUUAUUCUCAAUAUAUAUAGUAUAAACAUGGUUUCACCUGUUUUAAGAAAACAAUUUCAGCUGUUUCCACUGUCAGAAUGGACUGUCCAAAUCUGAUUUCUAAUGUUUUACUGUUUACUUCAUGUAAACAAUUGUACAGAGUCAGACACGUGGUUUUGUUUCUGACGUUUCUAUAAAUGUCUGCUAAUCUAAAUCUGUUUAAUGCACUUUAGCUAUCGCUUAUUUGUUAACAUUUUGAUAACAGCAAAUAAAACCAAUAGGCAUGGAGAAAGAAUUGGUUACUGUGAAUGAAUAUUGAUUAAAGACUUAUUUUAACAA